AUGGUAAACAACCGAGGGAUCGAAGCCAACCCAGAGAAGAUAAAGGCCGUGCUCGAGAUGGAAGUGCCCAAAACUUUGAAACAACUUCAAUGCCUCAAUGAGAGGGUUGCAGCUCUGAACAGAUUUGUCUCAAGGUCAACAGAUAAGUGUCUUCCUUUCUUCAAAGUCCUAAGAAAGAAGGGACCGUUCGAAUGGACGGCAGAGUGCGAACAAGCACUGGAGCAGUUAAAGAACUAUCUUUGCUCGGCACCUCUGCUCGCCAAGCCAUUGCCAAGAGAAAAGCUCCACUUGUACCUAGUGGUGUCUAACAGCGCUGUCAGCUCGGCCCUAAUCAAACAGGAGGGAGUGCGCCGAAGUCCCAUUUAUUACACUAGUAAGGCCAUGACCGAGGCCGAGACCAGAUAUCCCCAAAUGGAGAAACUGGCCCUCGCCUUAGUCACCUCAGCCCAAAGGCUCAGGCCGUACUUCCAAGCGCACACUGUCGUGGUACUUACCAACUUGCCCCUGAAGAGCAUCUUCCAUAAGCCAGAAACAUCAGGGCGUCUAAUGAAGUGGGCAAUGGAGUUGAGGCAAGCAGUGGCCAAUUUCAUCGCAGAGCUCACCCCAUCGCCUCAAUUGGCCGAGGCCGAUCUCCCAUGGACAGUCUACGUUGACGGAUCUUCCAAUGAGAAAGGGUGCGGAGCAGGAAUCCACUUGCUCGCAUUAGGUGGCGAGCGAUUUGAGUACGCUCUGACCUUCAAUUUUCGGACUUCAAACAAUGAGGUCGAGUAUGAAGCGCUUUUAGCAAGCUGGCGCGUCGCUAAAGGACUGGGGGCCGUCCACAUCAAGGUCUUUAGUGACUCCCAAUUGGUCGUAAACCAGAUUAGGGAGGAGUAUCAAGCAAAAGACUCCCGAAUAGAAAAAUAUUUAAUCAAAGUCAGAUCGCACCUCGCCCAGUUCAAGACUUACGAGGUGAAUCAAGUGCCAAGAUCAGAAAAUUCCAAUGCAGACGCCUUAGCUAAAUUGGCGUCAGCAUACGAAAUCGACCUGGCCAGAUCGGUCCCGGUUGAGAUCUUGGACAACCCUUCAAUUUUGGAGUCAGAUGUGAUGGAGGUUGACACUCUAGCACCCUCGUGGAUGGACCCAAUCGCGGAAUUCAUCAAAGGAAAUCCGUCGCUAGAUUCGAAGGAGCAAAAGAAGAUGGCGCGGAAAGCAGCUCGGUUCGUACUCUGA